GCUAGGUGUCCCGAACCGCGCUUGGAAAACCUUGCGGACCUUCGGCUCCGACCCUGCGUCCUCUCAGCCCGGGUGGCCCAGCGCACCUACCAGCAUGGAGCUGAGGUCUCGUGUCGGGGCCACCUGUUUGCUGGGCUUCAGUUUCCUGCUCCUCGCCACCUCUUCUGAUGGACAGAUUGGGCUUGGAAAGGGUUUUGGUGAUCACAUUCAUUGGAGGACACUAGAAGAUGGGAAGAAAGAAGCAGCUGCCAGUGGCUUGCCCCUGAUGGUGAUUAUCCAUAAAUCCUGGUGUGGAGCUUGCAAAGCUUUAAAGCCCAAAUUUGCAGAAUCUACAGAAAUUUCAGAACUUUCCCAUAAUUUUGUUAUGGUAAAUCUUGAGGAUGAAGAGGAGCCCAAGGAUGAAGAUUUCAGCCCUGAUGGGGGUUACAUUCCACGAAUCCUUUUCCUGGAUCCCAGUGGCAAGGUGCGUCCGGAAAUCGUCAAUGAGAAUGGAAACCCCAGCUACAAGUAUUUCUACGUUAGUGCUGAGCAAGUUGUUCAGGGGAUGAAGGAAGCUCAGGAAAGGCUGACGGGUGAUGCCUUCAGAGAGAAACAUCUUGAAGAUGAGUUGUAAUAUGAAUGUAUCCCUUCUUUCAUCAAAGUGAGUGUUCUGGAAGGAAAGCAGCAGGAAAGGGAAUAUUGAGGAAUUGCCCAAAACCAUUAAAACGGCCAGGAGACUUUGCUCUACCUGCACUGGAAGGAGCUCUCUCACUGUGGGAGAGUUCUGCUAACAAGCUGGUCUCCAUUUUGUGAAUCUACAGUGUGGCCGACUUCCUUCUGCUCCCUCUUUCCUAAAUGUUGUUUUAUCAUUGAAUGUAAAGAGCAAACUCUUUGACACAAAACUUGAGGUAUACCAGCCACUUGGAGGUUUACUCCUCACACUUACGUUUUUUGAAUCUUUUUUUUGUUUCCUCCUGCUUUACUCACCUUGGUGGUGAAAGGAGGCCAGUAGCAUCUUUUCUAAAAUGUUAAAAUUGCUGGCAUAACUUAUCAAUUUUUUUUUUUUUUUAAAUAACAAAUGGUAAAUGUAAAUCAGUAAU